CGGAUCAAGCUGUAAUUCUAUAGAUGAUGGAGGUGGUGGAGCCCUCUAGCGGCUGCGGGUUUGAACUACAGUCAAAAAUCCAGGUGCAGAAAGCAGCCCCGUCACUCUAGAGAGAAAAUACGCAGUGUGGAGCCAACACACACACACACACACACACACGCACAGAGAGUCAGACUGGAGUCAGUGUACAGGAGCGGACACACACACACACACACACACACACACACACACACAGGAAUAUCGAUACAAUCAGCUCUCCAGGUGUUGGAGGAGAAGUCGGAUAUUACCAGCGAGAAGAACCUGAUUUCACUGGAGCUUUAUUUCGGGUUAGGAUUUAAUUCUUUUCAUCUGAUCUGAUCUGAUCUGAUCUGAUCUGAUCACUUGAUAUGAGACCGGAGAUCGAUCGAUUUCCCACUGAAAGAGACCGCUUGGGACUGAGAUGGGAUUUUCCUAUGGACCAGGACUAAAUAAUUUGCCUUAACCUAUUGGAAUUUUAUUCUUAAAUAUUCUAAAUAAAUAGUUUUUAGUUUAAACCCCCCCCCCACACACACACACCAGCUCAGAAAUUUGUUAGUCUUGCGGAAAUGGUGGGCCACCUACACUUGCAGGCCAUGGAGGAGAGUCUGAAGGGAAAGAGCCGUGAGGGACUCCUAGACAGUCCUGACUCAGGGCUUCCACCGAGCCCGAGCCCACCCUUCUGCCCACUCUCACCAUCGUCCACGGAGCCUCGCACUCCCAUCGCCUCCGACCACCAUGGAGGAAUGUACUGGAGGAAGGAGGGCCGAGAAGGCAAGCUGCUUCCGUACCUGCUGCUGAACUCUCAGGGUGCAGACGUCACGUCGCGCAUGCACCCCGUGGUGUUUGGCGAAAGCAUCGAAGUGAAUCCCAGACCCACCACAGAGAUGAGGUUCAGCUCGGAGGUGAAGUACGACUCGCACCGGCAUUACCGCGACGAGGUCCACUGCGCACGGGUCCCCACGGUAACCUCCUACAGCGAGACGGUGGUGGCGCUGCAGAACCACACGUGGCGCAGCUACAAGUCAGAGGUUCACUUCCUGCCACGGCACCGACCCGUCCGCCACCAGAGCACGGCCAUCGUGUACCCCAAACACGCCCGCAACACCUACCGCACCACGCUGAACUACAACGCCAACGCUGCCGGGCGCCGCAGGUUCGUGUCCACGGUGAGGCUGGAGCCCAGCGAGGACGUCAGUCCCUGCAUCAUCUACACCGAGGAGCUGUAAGACGAGCUCCAAUACGACUCAGAGACACACUCCUGUACCAUCGCUAUCGCAGGAAACGGACUUGGAUGAUCACAGAUAGAGGGAAGGACAUGAGACAAAGAGAGAGAGAGACGUUGAUUUUGGUCUCUGGUCUAUAUAUAUUGCGUGAGUGGAGAAUGGAGGUGGGUUAAAGGGUUAAACCUGUCGUUCUUUUGUCCCUUUACUCGUUCUCGCCCUUACAAUCUGCUAUCAAGGAUAUGAUUUAAUAAAUCAAUGCUGUAAAAAUCCUCAAAACUGGAAUACAAAGGGGGAAAAAAAAUCAUGCCAGAAACAGAGCAACAUUCAGCCAUUUGUAUAAACGCUUGAUUGCACUUUUGCUACGAUUUUCUUUUUUGUUUUUCGUCGCAGCGUUUUGCGCUGAGCCGAGGGCGGCGUAGCAGCACUUGAAAGAUCGGACCAAUGUUUUUUAUACAGUUCAGAAUACGAGGGAGGACGUGGAAGUUUAGCACACCGGUUAUUAGAACCGGGGCCAAGAACGUGGCUUUGAAGCAAAACGAUUUUUUCUUUCUUUUCCCGCUCAGGACCUGCGGUUGAUAAUCCGGCAGAACGAUCGCGAGUCCAGAAAUAACAUCGAUUUUUUUUUCCAGGACGGAAGUCUGAAAGCUCAGUCCAGCCCAGAUGUUUACAUAUUACUAACACUCCAGCCAGAUCAUUAAAGCACUAAAAACGGAUUACCACAGGUGCUGCGUUUUUCCUGACUAUAAGACAUGUUGAAAAUAAAUCAAUAAAUUCCUGUAGGUUUCUGCUACAGAAAAGAGCCAACAUACAAACUCUAUGGAGAAAAGUUGCGUUUUUUUGAACAUCUCAUUGUACACGAAUCCAUUUACUGUUAAUAACCUCCACUUUUCAGGGAAGACGUUCUAGAUUUUGUCGUGUUCUAGAUUUGCGUUCAUUCAGGCACAAGGGUGUUACUGAUGUAGGUGAGUUGACGAGGCCUGGGGUGCAGUCAGCAUGAGAAAAUUCAGCCCAAAGGUGUUCAAUAGGUUUGGAGCUCUAUAGUAGGGGAUCUUCCACUCCUUGAUGGCGUUUGCUUUGUGCACAAGGGCAUCGUCAUGCUGGAGCAGGAUUUGGUCUCCGAGUUCAAGUGAAGGGAAAAUUUCGUGUACUUUUGUGCGCAUCCAAAAGAUCGAAGAAGCCCGAUAUGACGAUUUUCCAGCAUAUGGCUGGAGGCUUCCCAAAAUUUGUUUUUGUAUUGUUGAUAUUCUCACUGUAGCAUUAAUCUUAUUAUUUUUUAUUAUUUUUCGCUAAACAAAAGCAAAUAAAACACCCAGCAGGACAAGCGAUUCACCGAAAGGGGAAAAGACACGAAACGUGAGGACGCCCCCUAGUGCUUACUCAUGGAUCGUAUGGGAUUUGUGCAUUCGUGAGAUUUCUAGUCGGUACACAAAUUAUAUUUAUUUAAUCAUUUUUUUCUGGAUUUUAAAUCAAAACUAGCUGUAAUACUGUAUCAAAAGUAUUCAGACUUUGUGUCUUAUACUCAGGAAAACACCCAUCUGACAAGGUUCUCUGAUAUAUAGCCUGAUAAACAUUAUGCAGGAGGACAGUGAUGGACAGUGAGGGACAGUAAGGGACAUUGAGGGACAGUAAGAAACUCGGACAAACAUCUGGAUCGUAAAUACUAAAUUCUAAAUCUUUUCAAUUUGUAUAUUUUUUUCUUACCUCAAUCAGAAUCUGCUCGAUGACGUCUUUUUGUUCUUAAGCCAGAUAUUUUUUGUUUAUUUCGAAAACGUUUAUAUUCGGUGUCUAAGACGGCGGUGAGAAGGACCUCAUUACGUACGUGAGGCUAAAGCAGGGACGGAUGUCCGACGUGAAACCGGCCGUCGAUCCAGCAGGAUUCGCAUGUUAACGUAACGUGAGACGAAGGCGAACAGGGUGAGAGGUUUAGGAGACGAUGGAAAGACGAGGCGCAAAUUUUACACGUGUCCUCGUUCGAAAUGGAAAAUGUAGCGAGGGACAAAGUCAAGUAGGCAUGAAAGGGAAUCGGAAAGCGUUGGGAAGAUUCAGGACACUGAGCGGAUUGACACGUUUCUCGGAUCUAUCUGAUCGUCGAUGAUUUCCUGUAAAAUACUUCCUGUAUUGAUGAUGUAUAUGUUGCAUACAGCACUUAAUGAUUCUCUUUAUAUUUUUGUAUUCCCAAGAUUCAAUCUUUUUUCUUUUUUGUUCUGGGGCGAGAAUUUUGAAAAUAAUUUAAAGACAUGGUGUAUAUCUUUAAUAAACAAA